AUGGCCAAGUGUCAAGUAUUCAAAGUUCCUGAAAAUGUCCAACAAAACCGCGGUAUACCAGAAAUUAGGAGAUUACAAUUCAAUGAAAUCUCAACAAAGGAAAUCACAAUAGAAAGUCUACCAACACAAUCCACAAACAUCAACAAUCAACGUCACGGAUUCAACCAGAAAAGCAGCACAUCCCAAAUCAAACACCAACCACAUUGUCAAAAACCAAAAACAAAAUUUUUUUGGUACUGUACCGAUAUGGUUUUAAAAUAG